AUGGAAGAGGCUCUUGAUCAAGUCAAAAGACUAGCGACGGCAAGCCAACAUAGUCGCCAGCAGGCGAUUAUAGCUCUCCAGAACCUGGCAUUUUCUCUAGAGACUCCUGAUUACACUCUCCAUCGAUAUGGACACAUGAGCCUCCAAGCUGCUCUAGUCCAAGUUGGCAUUGAUCUAAAACUGUUUAGGUGCCUAGUUGAGUCUGUUGUGCCACUCACUGUCCAGCAAAUCUCGGAGAAAACAGGGGCGGAAGGUCAACUGAUGAACCGUAUUCUAAGGUUCCUUGCUUCUAUCGGUGCUGUUAGUGAGAGCGACAAAUAUCAGUACUGUGCUAAUCAUGUAACUCGCAAUCUCGCGGAGAGUGUAGUCGAGGCUGGUCUCUCUCACUACUUUAACACGGCUGCGCCUCAAUACCAAGCGCUGCCAGUCUACUUGCAAGAAAAUGGUUAUAAGAACCCUACCGAUGACACAAAAACCGCUUUUCAGUUGGCAUUUGAUACUUCACUGAACUCGUAUGCCUGGUUUGCCAGCAAUCCUAGACACCUGGCUUAUUUCAAUGCAUAUAUGGCCCUACGCCGGAAUCCAGAUGUCACUUGGUUAUCUGUAUAUCCUGUGGUCGAAGAGGCUGCCAAAUGGUCUGCCGAAAAGGGUCUCUUCAUCAAUAUUGGCGGUGGUAUUGGUCACCAAUGCGCUCAGUUCAAGGAGAAAUAUCCUUCGUUACAAGGCCGUAUUGUGCUUCAGGACUUGCCGCAUUCGGUGGCGCAGGCACUCCCUACGCCUGGUGUUGAGAAUAUGGCGCACGAUAUGUUUGAGCGGCAGCCCAUUCUCGGCGCCAAGUUUUAUCACCUGCGCGGGGUGCUACACAACCAGUCCCCGCUCAAGGUGCAACAACUACUCGAGAACAUUAAGGCCGCUAUGGGAUCCGAUUCAAUAUUACUUGUUGAUGAGUUGGUUCUCCCUAACUCUCGCGUAAACUAUAUCGCUGCCUCUAUCGAUAUGACCAUGCUCUCAGCGUUCGCCAGUAUGGAGCGUACCGAAGCACAGUGGCGUGAGACCUUUGAGCAUGUAGGUCUCGAGCUCGUACAUACGUACACGUAUUACCCUCAGGGCUAUGAGAGUGUUAUGGACGUGCGCUUACCGCGAACCCAGAUAGCAAGUCAUGACAGGUAA